AUGCUAUUGAACAUCCCCCGAACGCAACUCCAAGCUGCAGCAGAGGCGGGAAGCACAGAAAUUGUUGAACACCUCCUGAACCAAGGAGUUAGUGCAAACGAGCCCCCCUCAAAACGGGCAGGGGCGACAGCCCUCCAGCUAGCUGCGAUCACAGGAAACAUCAACAUCGCAACAAUCUUGUUAAAGGCAGAGGCCGACAUCAACGCCCCGCCAGCUUUUUUCAAUGGCAGAACAGCGUUUGAAGGCGCCACGGAACACGGUCGUAUCGAGAUGAUGAUCUUUCUUGUGGGUGAAGGCGCCGAUCUCCUUGCCAACAACAACGAACAAUACCGACGCGCUAUUGCAUUUGCAGAACAAAACCGGCAAUACGCUGCGAAAUCUCUCGCAGAUGACCUGUAUGCAAAGGUCCUGGUGAGCCAACAAGCGGGUAUCAUUGGCAUGGAUGGAGAGUGGGUUGCACCUGAUAUGCCGGAUUUCGGGAGCUUCUACUCAUGA